AUGAAGGCUGUGCUUGCGUUUGUGCUCUCCUUCAUUUUGAGCAUUGUGAAUGUCAACGCUGGUGAAUACACCGUUUUGAAGUCGUUGAGCACCACCGAGGCCGCCAGGUUGGGUAAACCCACUGAGAAGCAGGCUGACAAGCAGGACCCCUCACGCCACAAUAUGAACCGUGUAAUGGUCGACUGCUACACUGGCAUUUCCAAAAGUGCCCUUCCCGUGAUCCAGUUUGUCAUGAUGGGUGCUGUGGACCACCUCCAGAAGAAGCUAUUCAAGGACGUGUCGUUGAUCAUCACCAGGCACACAGCCCCCACCUCGGGUCACAAGUCGUUCUGCAAGGAUCCCACUCUCGACGUCUGCCUGGAAAAGAUCGAGAUCGACAAGAACGCCAAAAUCACCAACAGGAAGAAGAUUGAGUGCGUUAAAACAGGCAACCUGACCCAGCAGGGAACCAGGAUGAGGGUUACCUUCAAGGACGUGUUCAAGAACCCGGACAUGGACUACGAAAGCUUCCACGUGACCAUGAGCCCUAAGAAGUCGUGCAGAUACAAUUUAAUCGUGGAGCUUGAGGAGCCUAACAACUACGGUGACACCGUGCCUAAGGCCACGUGA